GGCGCGGCGCGGAGGGGCGCGGAGCCGGGAGGCUCGGGGCCCAGAGAGCGCCGCGGCCGGGAUUCCGCCGGCCCCUGACAGCCCCCUCCCCCCGGCGGACGACGACGACGAGGACGAGGGCGCGGGUCAUGGCGGAGCAGCGAACCGAGCGCGGGCCCUGAGCACCACCGCAUGGAGCGGGACGAACGGCCGCCUAGCGGAGGGGGAGGCGGCGGGGGCUCGGCGGGGUUCCUAGAGCCGCCCGCCGCGCUCCCUCCGCCGCCGCGCAACGGUUUUUGUCAGGAUGAAUUGCCAGAGCUUGACCCAGGCACUAUUUCUGUUCCAGAUGAUCGGGCUGAACAACGAACCUGUCUCAUUUGUGGGGACCGUGCCACAGGCUUGCACUAUGGAAUCAUCUCCUGUGAAGGCUGCAAGGGAUUUUUCAAGCGGAGCAUUUGCAACAAGCGGGUAUAUCGGUGCAGUCGUGACAAGAACUGUGUCAUGUCUCGGAAGCAGAGGAACAGGUGCCAGUACUGCCGCCUGCUCAAAUGCCUCCAGAUGGGGAUGAAUCGGAAGGCAAUCAGAGAAGAUGGCAUGCCUGGAGGCCGAAAUAAGAGCAUUGGGCCCGUCCAGAUAUCAGAGGAAGAGAUCGAAAGGAUCAUGUCUGGGCAGGAAUUUGAGGAAGAAGCCAAUCACUGGAGCAACCAUGGUGACAGCGACCACAGUUCCCCUGGGAACAGGGCUUCAGAGAGCAACCAGCCCUCACCAGGCUCCACACUGUCCUCCAGUAGGUCUGUGGAACUAAAUGGAUUCAUGGCAUUCAGGGAGCAGUACAUGGGGAUGUCUGUGCCUCCGCACUAUCAAUACCUACCGCACCUUUUUAGCUAUGCUGCCCACUCGCCACUCCUGCCCCCACAAGCUCGCAGCCUGGAUCCCCAGUCAUACAGUCUGAUUCACCAGCUGGUGUCAGCCGAGGACCUGGAGCCACUGGGCACGCCCAUGUUGAUUGAAGAUGGGUACGCUGUGACUCAGGCAGAGCUGUUUGCCCUGCUUUGCCGCCUGGCCGAUGAGCUACUCUUUAGGCAGAUUGCCUGGAUCAAGAAACUGCCUUUCUUCUGCGAGCUCUCAAUCAAGGAUUACACGUGCCUCCUGAGCUCUACCUGGCAGGAAUUAAUCCUGCUGUCCUCCCUCACCGUUUAUAGCAAACAGAUCUUCGGGGAGCUGGCUGAUGUCACUGCCAAGUACUCACCCUCUGAUGAAGAACUACACAGAUUUAGCGACGAAGGGAUGGAGGUGAUCGAGCGGCUCAUCUACCUGUAUCACAAGUUCCACCAGCUAAAGGUCAGCAAUGAGGAGUAUGCUUGCAUGAAAGCGAUUAACUUCUUAAAUCAAGAUAUCAGGGGUCUGACCAGUGCCUCACAGCUGGAACAGUUGAACAAGCGGUACUGGUACAUAUGCCAGGAUUUCACUGAAUAUAAAUAUACCCAUCAGCCGAACCGCUUUCCUGACCUCAUGAUGUGCUUACCUGAGAUUCGCUAUAUUGCAGGAAAGAUGGUGAAUGUACCCCUGGAGCAGCUGCCCCUCCUCUUUAAGGUGGUGCUGCAUUCCUGCAAGACAAGCGUGGGCAAGGAAUGACCUGUUCCCGGCGCCCCUCCUCGGGCCAGCCAUGGCGCCUUGGGUGGGCAGAACAGGCUCCGGAAGAAAGAGCCAGAGAGACCAAGAUGGAGGCUGUGGAGCAGUGUUUCCAGUUGCCUCCAUAGCAAGAAGAGUUUUUGUUUGUUUGUCUGUUUUUUUAACCUCAUUUUUCUAUAUAUUUAUUUCACGACAGAGUUGAAUGUAUGGCCUUCAACAUGAUGCACAUGCUUUUGUGUGAAUGCAGCCGAUGCAUUUCCUUGCAGUUUACAGAAUGUGAAGAUGUUUAAUGUUAUAGUGUUGUCAUUGUUUAGAGAUAGUUCUUUUGUAUUUUGAGGGAGAGGGUGGGAUGGGGCUGAGAUGAAUAUUUCCAUAAUGUUGACAAAGACGACUACCUCAGUGGAAAGGGAGGGGUGUAACCAUCCCUACUUUUUCCACAUGUUCUCAGCAGACUCCUACAUUAGUCUGUCAGAGAGCAGACUGCCUUUUUCUAGUCACAGAAUUACCGGGUAAAAGUAAAAGAGCACACCAUAAAGGGGCAAAGUGGUGUUGGGAGAUUUAUUAAGCAAACUGGGUGAAAUAUUGGAAACAGGAUAUGAGGAUUUAGCAUUCUCUUUUCUUUGGAAAGCAUGGUAGUUGAGGGAGUAGAGUGCAGUGACCGAAUCUAAAAUGUCCUCCCUCCGAACAACUCUUCAGGGAGAAGGGUUUCUGUUCUCAUACCAUGCUGUGGGCUGCCCCCGCCCCCACCGUCUGAACCACCACUACUGGUUUCUGCUACUCUCAACUUUUUAUCCACACAUGGUCCUGGCAGUAAGUUAUUCUUGGGACUUGUCUGCUAGCUCCCUUGGAGCUCACAGCUACCUAGUGUCUUUACCUGAGUCUACCAAGGUCUACCUUCCUCAGACUCCUUGCCACUCUGUCUUACACAUUUGACUUCCUCUUGGCCCUUUGAAAAAACAACUGAACAAAAUGUCAUGCUCUGAAUCCUGGUGCCCACUACUGAUUUAUUCUCCUUUCACCUUGCUUUUUUUCAAAGGGUAGUGGGACAAAGGCCAGACUGCUAAAAGAAUAAACAAUCUUCCUUUCCCUGUUCCCCUCACCCCAUCCUGUCUCAUCCUCAGGACUGAAUCCAAACCCUGCCAUCUUUCAUACAGUGGGAAGGACCAUUCACCCAUCAGCUAAACAGAAGCUUUGCCCCUUCAUUCUCCUCCCAAGUUCUCCUAAUCUCUCCAAAAUGAGACCAGUUUCCUUAGAACGGAAAGCCCAAGUACCAGAGUUGGCCCACCUGCCCAUUAGAUUAUUGGUGGCCUGGCUGACCAAGGCCUGGAGGGCUGGAGUCCAAAGCACCUGGAAGGGUGGGGGGGCUUGAAACUACCUCAUGUUCCUAAGGGCCUGGCUGCCCCCCUCUGCAGAUACGGCCUGGACCUCCUAUUCCUUCACUACCUACCCUGCCUAGUCCUGGGAAAUGUUCUUUACCCUCUUGGCUUUGGCCAGUGGCCACACCAUGUCUGUCUUAGAACUCUCUCAGGUGCUUUUCCAUUCUCUGCCUUAGUAUUGUAAUUGUCCCUGCCCAUACCCAGGUAUCUCCCACAGCCAGUGCAGUACACAGACCACUUUAGCUGGGUACCUCCCUGGGUGGGCUGGAGGGACCUACAGCAUUUUGUUUUGCCUGUUUCAGUCAAAGGCCGUUUGCUCUCUUCCCAACCCAGCCAGCAACUUUACCGAGUGGGCCACCACAUCGUGUGCACACCAGGUAGUCUGUGUCGGAUUAUAAUUUUUUUUUUUCCAGUGAAAUGUUACGGGUACCAGCAGAGUGAUGACUUUGUCCCUUGAUGGAUCUAGAACUCAGAGCAUUACUCCUUACUGCCAUUUCCCCAGCUGCUCUGAGAAAGAAAAAAGAGACAUGUUCCUCAGGAAAACCUCCAACCAGAAUGUUCUUCACAUGUUGAUGGGAAGAUUUAUGUUUGUGUAUCUGUUUAUUUCUAGGUUCACAAUAUUUUUGUUUCCCCGAUUUUUUUAUUUAACCAAGUAGAUCACAUUCUUUGGCUACAGGUCA